CAAAGCCGGAAAGUUUUGAGAAAUUUCUGAAUUAUUUCAAAAUAGAAAAUUGAAGAUAAACAUGCUGUCGGAUCCACAAACAACGUCUAAAACGGGAAUUCAAGAAGGCACUAGGGUGAUCCUACAGAAAUCUGAGGAUUAUAAAUCUGUCAUCGUGAAAAAAGACAAUGUGAUACGAAUGGGUAAAGUCAGGUUUAAUUUAAAUGGUAUUAUUGGAAAGGAAUUCGGAACACAGCUACUGAUAGAAGAUGAGAAGUUAGUUCCAAUUGAUAAACCAACACAGGAUGUUCAACCCAUGGAUGUCCAAGCUUGUAGUUCUGAUAGAAGUAAUAAAGAUCUAACAGAAUCUGAUGAAAAUCAAAGAAUCAAACAGGAUGAAAUAUUAAAAAUGAAGGAAGCUGGAAUAUCAGGAGAGGAGAUAGUUGAUAAAUUAAUAGAAAAUAGUCAGACAUUUCAAAAUAAAACAGAAUUUUCACAAGAAAAAUACAUCAAGAAGAAAAAAGAAAAACAUGUAGCUGUGAUCAGAGUUUUAAAACCAACAACCAGAUUAGUAUUUGAAAUGUUUUAUAGAAAUUCACCAGCUGAUAUUGGGUAUAUGAGAGUUGAUACAUUUUCUCAGAUUUUAGCGUUUGCUAAUAUAAUUCGUGGUAGCCAUAUUGGUAUUAUAGAUACAUAUAAAGGUUUACUGGUAGCUGCUGUUUUAGACCAAUUAGGAGGUACCGGAGCAGUUGUACAGAUGAUACCAGAUAACAUAUUCUUAAAAGAUUGUUUGAAAUAUUAUGAUUUAUCUGAAGAGUCAUUAGAGAGUCACUAUCAUUACGGCAUAGAGCAACUGGGUACAUUAGAGUCAGACUAUAAUAAAGAUGACACAAUGGACCAAUCCAAUAUGGCCACCUCCACAUCAUCAAUGAAGAUGGAUUACGAAACACCUUGUAACCUACCAACUGAUGACAACCAAUCAGCUAAUGGAACUGACACACUGAAAUCAGAAUCAGUAGAAUCUACAGAAUCUCAACCUAGUAAAAGAAAACGAAAACGUGAAGAAAAAAAGAUUAAGACACCAGAAGAAUUAGAAGCAGACAGACAAGUGAGGUUGAAAAAUUCUGUCAAAAGAAAAAAAGCUCAGAAAAUAUUAUUAGAUAAAAAUUUAGAUGCGUUAAUUAUAUCCAGUAAAUUUCACCCUACACCAUUAUUAAUGAGAAUGUUAGAAUUUAUUAAUCCUUCACGUCCAGUUGUAGUUUAUUCACAACAUAUAGAGCCUUUAUUAGAUUGUUAUAUGAAGUUAAAAGGUAGUGGUAAGGGAGUUAACUUACACAUCACAGAAACAUGGUACCGUGAAUAUCAGGUAUUGCCACAAAGAACCCAUCCGGUAGUUCGAAUGUCAGGAACUGGUGGAUAUUUAUUAACUUUCACUACAAUUACACCUUGAUUACAUUGUGUUUUAUUUUAACUUUCUGGUGCUUUCAGAAAUUGUUCCCAUUUUAAACAUCAAAUUAUUUAAUAAAUUGAUGCUGUUGUUCAUUCAUGAUCAUUAAAAGUGGAAAAUAUUAA